ACCGGAAAAACCUGAGCGGAAGGGUCGGGAAGGAAAGAAGCGGGUCGCGUAGGUGUGGUUGGUACUAAAAUGACGACUUUAGUGCUGGAUAACGGAGCCUACAACGCUAAAAUCGGCUACAGCCAUGAAAAUGUCUCGGUUAUUCCUAAUUGUCAGUUCAGGUCAAAAACAGCACGUCUUAAAACUUUUACUGCUAACCAGAUAGAUGAAAUAAAAGACCCUUCUGGACUCUUCUAUAUCCUUCCUUUUCAAAAGGGCUACUUGGUGAAUUGGGAUGUUCAAAGACAAGUUUGGGAUUACCUUUUUGGAAAAGAAAUGUAUCAGGUUGAUUUUUUAGAUACUAAUAUUAUUAUCACAGAACCAUAUUUUAACUUCACUUCAAUUCAAGAAUCAAUGAAUGAAAUUCUAUUUGAAGAAUAUCAGUUCCAAGCAGUAUUAAGAGUAAAUGCUGGGGCUCUCAGUGCACAUAGGUAUUUCCGAGAUAAUCCUUCUGAAUUAUGCUGUAUCAUUGUUGAUAGUGGAUAUUCCUUUACACAUAUAGUUCCUUAUUGUAGAAGUAAAAAGAAAAAAGAAGCAAUUAUUCGGAUAAAUGUGGGAGGAAAACUUUUAACCAACCAUCUAAAGGAAAUCAUAUCUUACAGGCAGCUACAUGUCAUGGAUGAAACACAUGUGAUUAAUCAAGUGAAGGAAGAUGUAUGCUAUGUGUCUCAGGACUUUUACAGAGACAUGGAUAUUGCAAAGUUAAAAGGAGAAGAAAAUACAGUAAUGAUAGACUAUGUUUUGCCUGACUUCAGCACGAUUAAGAAGGGCUUUUGUAAGCCAAGGGAAGAGAUGGUGUUGAGUGGAAAAUAUAAAUCUGGGGAACAAAUUCUUCGUCUGGCCAACGAGAGAUUUGCUGUUCCAGAAAUACUCUUUAAUCCUUCUGAUAUAGGCAUUCAAGAAAUGGGAAUUCCAGAAGCUAUUGUCUAUUCAAUUCAAAACUUACCUGAAGAAAUGCAGCCACAUUUUUUUAAGAACAUUGUUUUGACCGGAGGAAAUUCCCUCUUCCCAGGAUUUAGGGAUCGAGUUUAUUCAGAAGUUCGAUGUCUCACUCCCACAGACUAUGAUGUUUCUGUUGUGCUUCCUGAAAACCCCAUUACUUAUGCCUGGGAAGGUGGAAAAUUGAUAUCAGAAAAUGAUGAUUUUGAAGAUAUGGUGGUAACAAGAGAAGAUUAUGAAGAAAAUGGACAUAGUGUCUGUGAAGAGAAAUUUGAUAUUUAAAAAACAUUUCUGAAUGAAAGCCUUGAUUGGUUGUAACUGAAUGAAAAGUUUAAUUUCCUUGUUUCUUUUUUUUUUGAGUUGGGCUGGGGAUUGAACGCAGGGCCUUGUGCAUGCGAGGCAAGCACCCUACCAACUGAGCUAUAUCCCCAGCCCUCCUUGUUCCUUUUAAAGAAAUUUAAGGACCUGUGUUGCAUUUCAUUGUAAGACAAAGUCUUGAAUUUAUGUAAGUACUUUGAUCUGUGGCUAAUUUUCAAAGAUGGGUACUGGUGGGUUACUAUAGUAAGCCGUAACUCAGCCCAUAUUUUCACUUUGGAGCUAGACUGCCUUAACAGUGUUUAUGCUGUUUCUGAAAAUAUCUUUAGGAGAUAAAAGAGCAAAUGCAGUUCAUUUCUUCAUAGAUGAAACACAAACUUUACUGUCUCACUGCUCUGUUUUCAUUAGAAAGUAGUUUUGUGUGACUUUGACUUGGCAUUGGCCAAAGUGUUUAUAUACUUUAGUUCUCUGGUUCUUAGAACUAAGCAUUUUAUUUAAAAGUUGUAAUGUUAUUUAUACAUAAUAAAGAAGGCUAAUAUAUGUA